AUGAAAUUUAAAUACCUUGGUAUAGAGUUAUCCGGUUAUGGCGAUAUCGAAACAGAGGUAAGACUGCAAACAACAAAAGCAAUGAGAGUGGCUGGAUGUCUGAACGACACAAUAUGGAAAAAUAAAUACAUAGGUGUCGAGGUUAAGUCAAGAAUAUACAAGGCUGUAGUCAGACCUACAAAGCAGAAACCAGACCAGAUACAGCAAAAACAAAAAGAUUCUUGGAAACAGUCUUCUGCUAGUUCUCUAGAAAGAAGGGACAACAUAAGGGAAAUAUGCAAGGUGGAUAGCAUUAAUGAAUGGGUAUUGAGCAGAAGACGCGAAUGGAAUGAACAUAUAAGCCAAAUGGACGAGGGAAGAAUAGUAAGGUCAGGUCGAGACAAAUCAGCACUGGGAAGAAGAAGUACGGGAAGGCCAAGAAAAAGAUGGUGUGAUAACCUUACCAUCGAUUGA